UAAAAUCAACAAUUAAACCUAACAAUAAUGCAGAAAUUUGAAUUAUUUUUAAUUUUUCACCUCGUUCGGAAUAUAAUGAAGUUACCCGAGCCACUACCGGCAUUCGUCGACAUCGGAUCCAAGGAAGGAAACAAUGAUGUUAACAUAUCUAGCAGUAUUUGCUGCCCUUCUUAUAGGCAUUGAAGCUGGAGCGCGUGGAGGAUCUGAUUAUGACCCAUAUAUACCCCGGGGUGAGGUUUACACUGGACCAUGUGAGGGAGGGUACAAAACAUACAAUAGGAGAGAUUGUGCAGACUCGUACAGGGAACUUAGAAGAGAAAAUGCUUAUGCUGGAUUGAGUAUGCAGCAAUACACAUGGCAAUGUGAUCAUAUGUACCAAUGGUUGUCUCAUGCCGCAAAUAAGACAGGUGGUGGUGCGAGAAUCACAUCUGCCCAAUCUAAUUGGUUAAGAGAACUUUUAGAUCAUCUGAUUGAAUCAUUGCAGCCAUCGGUAAAACGCAGCGCCCAUGGGUUCCCUCUUGGUAUAAGAAAGGAAUAUCGUCUAGCAACGGAUACAGAACGGACGGACUUCCACGAUGCUAUCAACCAGUUAAAGACGGAUCUACUCCCAGGGCCAUUUGGGACUACCAACAAAUACGACACACUCGCGUCAUUUCACCAUGGAACUGUCGCAGUUGGGGCA